GCUGUGCUACGACGAUCCGUGCCGCUAUAUAUACAGCAUCGAUUUGACCAAACCACCACUGCCCGCAACGUGCUGCAGCCAUGGCCCUGUUGGAAGAAGGAUUCCGGUACCUGUCCUCCCUCGCCGACCCCCGGGUCCAGGGAUGGCCGAUGGUCGACAGCCCCGUCACCGUUGUCAGCAUCGUGGUUGUGUACGUCUCGUUCGUGACCACGGUGGGCCCGCACUGGAUGCGUGACCGCAAGCCCUACAGCCUCAAGCCCUUGAUUAUGGCGUACAACCUGGCCAACGUCUUGGCUAGCGCCUACUUCGCCGUCCAGUUCUUCCGGCACACUUACUUAGGGGGCGGCUACAGCUGGGCCUGCCAGCCGGUGGACUACUCUGACAACCCCAAUGCUGUGGCCCUCACAAACCUCGUCUGGUGGUACAUGAUGCUCAAGAUCGCUGACCUGCUGGACACCGUCUUCUUUGUGCUCACCAAGAAGCAGAGCCACGUGACUGUCUUGCACGUUGCGCAUCAUGCCAUGGUUGUGUGCACCGUGUGGCUCGUGCUCAAGUACGCCUGCGGCGGGAACAACAUGAUGACGGCGGCCGUCAACAGCUGUGUGCACGUCAUCAUGUACGGCUACUACUUUCUCUCCCUCCUGGGUCCCUCGGUGCAGAAGUACCUUUGGUGGAAGCGUUACAUCACCCAGAUACAGCUCAUCCAGUUCGUCGGUCUCGUGGCGCAUGCCCUCAUGCCCCUGUUCGUGCGAUGUGGCUUCCCCGUCUUCUUCAGCUGGCUGUGCAUCAGCGAGUGCGUUUUCUUUUUCCUCAUGUUCUUCCGGUUCUACCGAAAUAGCUACAAGAAGCUAGUCAAGGACUGUUAGUGCCCCAGUCACCAUAUACUAGAA